GUCGGCCCACAUAAGACAUACACACCUGUCGAUCAAAAAUACAAAAACGUCAUUCACCUUUUUUUCAUACCUUCUUUUCCCCAUCGGUAGAAGGAGGGUCCUUCUUUUUCAUUGUUUCGCUUCUUUCCGCUAGAAAAGUUGGCAACAGAUGCACAAUAAAACGUGCGAUGGACUUGCUUCCUCAUGAUGCCAGUCAUGGACUGUCCAGUGGCAUCGAUGCACCGCCGCCAUGAAGCACUUUUGGACUUUUGCAGCCAACACGACUUUUUUAACCUUGGGCUGGCAGGGCACGUGUGGAGAGGGGGAGAUGGAGAAGGAUAGAAACUCCGAUGACCCUUUCAAGCCCAAUGGCUAUGGCCAUGACAGGGAAGAACCCAAGAGAAGGGGGUCAAGGGGAUGGCUUCGUUUCUUUUGGGUUGUCUGCCUUUUGCUUGCUAUCGCUUUGAUGAUUCCCAUCGAUGGCACGAUACGGAGAGAGGGACUCUCUAUCCAAUGGCAAUUGUCAUACGUUUUGCCCCUUUUUAAACAUGUCAUUCUCUUGACAUUUUGCCAUACCAAAGCAUGGGAAAGCGCUUCUCUUGUUCAAGAGUCCAUGUGA